CUGAGAUGACGCGUCUCCGAUUCUGCUUUCAAAGCGCGAGCCCACAGACACAGUUUUGCAGACGGAGUUUCCGGAGCUGUAACCUCGCGCACUUUCGCUUACUUUGUGCACGAUGAAGCAGCAGAGCUGUACGGAAGAGAUCACGACCAUCCUACAAGAGGCCCCGGCGGCCCGGAAGGCGCUUCUGGAUAACUACAACAACCUGCACAAUGUGGCCGAGUACUGUGAGAACAGCUACCUCCAGGCAGGUGGAGAUACGAUUAAAGCUCUGGAGGAAACCAAGGCCUUCACCACUCAGUCCUUAGCCAGCGUGGCCUACCAGAUUAGCACGCUAGCCACCAGCGUGCUGAAACUCCUGGACGCUCAGUGCUCACAGCUCCGACACAUCGAGUCUGACAUCAACCUCAUCGGACUGACUGUUGACAUGCACAGGGAGAAAGUGGCACGUCGAGAGAUCGGUGCCUUCACCGUGACUAAGAGAUACUCGAGGAGCAGUAAAAUCAUCCCACCUGCAACCAGCAAAGACCCCAAACCCAAAUACAGCCGAACUCCAAUCACCUACAGCAGCCUGGACACACUGGGGCACGGCAUGAAGGACUCAAAGCCACAGGAAAGAAAAGCAACUAUAAACCGCAAACAUGGAGGCACGCUUAGUAGGAACCGUCCAGCCGAGUGUCCCGUGGCUCCUACGUUGUCUCGUGGAACAUCUGUGACGUCUCUCAGCGACAAAUCCACCAUCUCCAGUUUCGGUAAAGCCGUCCCUCCUCCAGUCAUCCCGAGCUGGCCUGUGGCCCCUGAGACUGACAUCAUCAGCACGCUGCUGGAGGACACACCUCCGCCUCCGCCCCCACCCCCGCCCCCGCCAAUGAACGGCGACGAAGGGGCAGGGUCUGAGAUUGUUGUACCUCCACCUCUUGCUCCUCCCCUUGACAUGUGUGAUUUCCUUCCUCCUCCUCCUGUGAAUCCUGUGAAGGAGAACUGUGAGCUAGAACCUGCUCUGCUGCUGGAGACAGUGCCUGAAGAGAACAACCUUCCUCCUCCAGAGACUGAUGGACUCCCUCUUCCAGCUCCUCCUCCUCUUCCACACUCCCUGGAGAAUGGAGAAGCUCGUCGCUCUCGCCGUUCUCGGGGGCGUCGCCCUCCCAGCACCCGCUCUCUCUCUCUACGGCUCCGCUCAGGCUCCGCCCCCCGCAUGCUGCACACACGCUCACUCUUCCUGUCCAACAACCAAUCACUCAUUAUACCCCCGCCCCCUCCAUACCCGCCUCCUCUGGCUCCACCCACUUUGAGCUCUCUGUCGCGGAUUCCUGCUCGGCUACAGCACCUGGACCUGGAGAUUCCGGCACCUCCUCCUCCUCCACCCAUGGACUGCAUGGAUGGCUUUGAGGAGAUUCCUCCUUUACCUCCACCUGUGGACUACGACAUCUCUACUUCUGCACAAUACCAGGAGAAAGUGGUGGCGCUGUACAGCUAUGAAGCGGGCAAACCGGGAGACUUGACUUUUCAUGAAGGUGACAUAAUUUACCUGACUAAGAGGAACGAUGACGGCUGGUGUGAGGGAAUCCUGAAUGGCACGGAGGGGUUCUUCCCUGGAAACUACGUAACGACCACGAACUAAACGAGUGCAGACUGGAAUACAGUUCACAUGGAAACAUCUAUUUUUUUUAAUAGCAAAUUAAUGUGGUUUUCACAGAAAUGUUUAAUUACUGCAUACAGUAUGUCAUAUAAAUCGAUUUUAUAAAAUGCUAACUCCGCUGUCUGUCUGUGUUUGUCAAUAUCAUCAUUUUUUUUUAAUUAAUCCUGGAAUAAUUGAAGUAUUUAUUAACACCAACUAACAGACGGAUGAACAGACGGAUCAGACGAGUCGAUUCUUCAUUAAUCUUUUCAGUACUUUUAUUAAAGUCGACCGAUAAAAAGCGAUCAAGCUCUUAUGGGAGCGUGAUUUUCCCAGAAUGCUUUGCUGUGAUGUGUUUGGCUGGAUGAAUUAUGUAAACAACAACAACAACAGUCAUUUGUGUAAAUAAAAUCUCUACACAUGAAAUUUGAUGAGUUUGAAUGAAGUCACUGGGGCGACAUGGUGUUUUGUGGGAAAAGGGAAAUAAUUCAGUUCACCUUACGUGCAGCAGAGGGCGUAAAUACUCACACAUCACUCCUUUAACGUAUCCAGGUCUAUAUACGGGAUCAGGAAACAUUCCGACUGCUAAUAGACGUAAAAACAAACAAAUAAAUAAAUAAACAAGCAGCUUAGAGUGUUCUAACGCCGACUGUGGUUUUUUUAGUAACGUCCGACGUCAGGUGGUCAGGAACGUGCCUAACCUGCAUUAUAGUUUAUUUUGAAAACAUGACAAGUGCAGGCACUGUGACUUUAACCAUUACGACGUGGUAAUAAACACUGAGGUGUGUGUAGACGCAGGUCUGUAAGAAGACUGAUAAGUCUCGCUCGACGUCCGAGUCCCAGGCCGGACGAUUACCUGAUCACCCGAUCCCCUGAUCCCCUUCAGGAGAUCCACUGAAAGACGUUUCCACUGGAGAUCCACUGACCAGCUCUUCAGUAAGAUGGAUUCCUCGUUACCGCUGAUCUUUCGUGUUUUCCAAAUCAUCAUCCCUACGUUUGCUGUGCUGAUUCUCUGCACAGGUAUUUGUAGAUGUAUUGUUCAGAGUCAACGGCGGAGGCAGGCGCGAAGGCAGCUGGCAGAAGCAUCAGCUCGUGCUCAGGAACCUCCGCCGUCCGUCUACGUCAUCCCCUGUUCGCCGCCUGAAGAAGAACGAAGUGGACCACAGCACUACAGCCUGGCACAGCAAUACGCUCCUCCUCCUUACAGCGAGUUUGUGGUGAAACCCGACUUCCCUCAUGAUCCUCCUCCGUCGUAUACAGAAUCCGUCAGUCCUGCGUUCAUCUCUUAUAACCCGGACCGGAUCGAUCCAUCCUCUCCAGCGCUGCCAUCGUAAGAGAAGAGAUCCACGUGAAGAACUCUGCAAUAGAAAGCUGAAAACCUCCAACACAACCUUCCAACACAACCAUGAACAAGUCAGGCAGAAUAAAAGCCAUAGCUGUUAUUUUUUUUUUACCUGAAAUCCUGUACAUAUUUAUAAUACAUGUAAAUAUAUGUUUUCAGUUUCGUAGAAGAGCAGAAAACAUGUAAAUAAUUGCCUAUGAUGCGCAUUCUGUAGGUUUCAUCGUUUAAGUUAUUCGAGAGUUAAAGCACUUAGAAAUGAAAGAGCACGAUUCUCAAGUAUUAAAUAAAUUAAUAUUAGAUGUUAAAAACUGAAGGAAAGAAAUUUAAGAAAAAUGAAAUCAUUUGUAUUUACACUGUGAGACUGAUAAAAGCCUCACCCGAAAUCUUCCUACCGGAUUUUUGAUCACCUUUCUACUUUAACGGUCGUGUGAGACAGCGGGCGUAGACCUCGUUCACACGUCGAAGUCGAUGUAGAACAUCACCUGCAGCACUUCCAACUUCCUGCUACAAUUCAAUACCACCUUCAAAUUGUAGGAGGUGGGUUUAGGGGGCGGGGCUAGAAUGUGUGAAUCCGCUUGUAAAAGUUUUUGUACUUUUACGCCAACCAAACAGUUUGGUGCAGAUGUUUUGGGGAGAUAGUUAUAGAGGGUAAAGUUCAGAGCUCCUGAGGUGACACACAGGUUAUUUUUAAUAAGACAUCACCUGAUGAAUAUAUUGAGGACAAAGACUCAGUAUCGAUACAGUAUGUCAUGGCCUCAAAAUAUUGUCUCAUAUUCUCACUACAUUAUCUCAUGGAGUCAAGAUUAUCUCACAGUCUUCUAGUAUUAGUAGAUAUAUUGUCUCGUUGUCUAAAUAUGGUGUCAUUGCACCAUCUCGUGGUCUCGAUUUAUCUCACGGUCUCACUGCUAUCUCAUGGUCUCCAUUUAUUAUCUUGUGGCCUUGAUAUAUUGUCUCAUGUCCUCACUAUGUCAUCUUGUGGCCUCACUAUGCUAUGCAUUGUCUUGUGGGAUCAGUUUAUUUUCUAACGGUCUCAGUGUCAUGCUCUCAAUUUAGUAUCAUCAAUUACAAUUUAUUAUCUUGUGUCCUCACUAAGCUAUCUCAUGUUCUCACUACAUUCUCUCCUGGUGCCAAAACAUUAUCUUGUGGUCUCUAUGUUAUUUCAUGGCCUGAAUUUAUUAUCUAUUCUAUCUAGUGGCCUCACAACAUGAUCUCAUGACUUCAAUAUAAUAUAUUGAUGUCUUUAUAUAUUAUCUCAUUACAAGAUAUUCGCCCACUUAUGCAUUCUUAUAUCAAUAUACGCCUUGCUAUAUUAUUCCAUGGCCUCGAUUUGCUAUCUUGUGACCUCAGUCUAUUGUUUUGUAUCCUCAAUAUGUCGUCUAAUGUUUUAUAUUACACACAGCACUAAAAUAAGUAAGAGUUUGAUGAUAUAUAAAUAAAUAAAUAAAUAAAGAAUGGCAUUAUAUUUAAACUGAA